GUGUUCCGCAUUGCUGCCGCGUCAAACGCUGUCAACAUGGCGUCGGCCCUCGGUCGCCUGGCCAGGCUGUCUGCCCUCAGAAACGCCCGCACCUCCCCGCUGACCCCCUCCUGCGGGCCGGGGAGCACCGUGACACCGGCCCGGGCCGCCGUGUCCACUCCGUCCGGCGCCAUCCUGCCCAAACCCAAGAAGACCCCCUUCGGACUUAUCCGGAUUGCUCUGGUACUCGUGCCCUUCUUGUAUGUGGGGACUCUGAUCAGCAAGAACUUUGCGGCGCUGCUGGAGGAGCACGACAUCUUCGUCCCCGAGGACGAUGACGAUGAUGACUGAGGGGAUGUGGAGGCCUCCUGGUUGUCAGGUCACCUUGUUUUGUCACUACCACUGGGAGAGUGUCUGAGCCUCAGAGCACACUAAUGCCUCCCUGGUGUUCCCUCUGCUGUGUUUUCAAGUCUGCACUGGAUUCAGGGUUUUCGCUGUUAUCGUCAAUGAUAGGGCUGUCUCAGGCUGAUUGUAUCGUACUGUAUUUGCAUGCACUACUAAAGUCUUAAUAAAGGGAGUAGCGAUGGUAAAAUCCA